AUGAAGUUUAUCGCCGUCCUCGCAGUCGCGGUGGCGACUGCGUUCGCUAGCCCGACCUACCCGCCGCCGGCCAAGCAGCCACCGGCCCCUCCGCCUCUGCCCCCGGGCUACACCUCUUCGGUACCGCCGCCGCCUGCCACCCGCAAGACUUCGACCACCGCUCCGGCCCCGACCUAUAAGUCUUCAGCCCCACCACCACCCCCGGCCUAUAAAUCUUCGACUCCCCGGCCGCCCCCGGCCUAUAAGUCAUCGGCCCCCCCGCCACCGCCGGUCUACAAGACUUCAGCGCCUCCACCACCUCCGGCCUACAGGUCUACGACCUCGAAACUUUCAACGACCCGGCCGGCCCCAACCUCCAAGUCUUCGGCAACCCGUCCGGCCCCGACUUACAAAUCUUCGGCUCCUCCACCACCCCCAACCUACAAGUCUUCAGCUCCCCCGCCGCCUUCGGUUUAUAAAUCUUCGUCUACCACCUCGAAGUCUGCGACGACUCGUUCAGCCCCGACGUAUAAGUCUUCGGCUCCCCCGCCGCCUCCGGUCUAUAAAUCUUCGGCUCUGCUUCCGCCUCCAGCCUAUAAGACUUCGUCCACCACCUCAAAGUCCUCAACAGCCCCCCCGCCCCCGGCCUACACAUCUUCGCUUCCCCCGCCCCCGGUUUACAAGUCCACUACCUCAACGUCUUCGACGACACCUUCGGCCUCAGCCUACACCUGGCCCCCGGAGGACAAGCCUUGGUCAACCACCUCCAAGUCAUCGACGACCUCUCCGCCUCCGACCUACACGAAGCGGGCAGCCCCUAUUGCCGGUCCUGGCGGCUGCUCGGGACCGACCACGCCUGGCAGUACCGCGUUCCUGGGCUGCCCGACGUUCUUUUUUUGA